CAUAGGUGUGUGGAGAAAGCGGCAUUAUUGACGAGUUUGCAAGUCCCAGUUUCCCAAAAGCAUCCCCGUUAAGGAGCAGAUAAUUCACUGUUUGCAGACGCCGACUGAAAGAAUGAGACUUUCAAUGCUGAUGUCUCUCAUCAGGCCGACGGGGCCGAUUAUUGUGGGCAUCUCUCUGGGAUUCACGUUGAGUCUUCUCAGCGUCACCUGGGUGGAUGAGUCCUGCGACUCUAACAGGACCGGAGCCACGGACGAGAUGCUCCUAGCGCAGCCCCCAGGCAGCUUGAAGGGGGCCCGUAAACCUAGUUCGAUAUCCACCGGCACCCAUGACAACGGAAAUAUCGAAGGCGAAUUUGAGCCCAGAAUAGUGCCUUACAAGAAGCCUGCCCAACAAGAUCCUCCAAAAAAAGUUUUUAGAGCCAGGUAUGCCAGCACAGAGCUUGGAAUACGUGAGCAUCUCUUUGUUGCCGUAUUUUCCUCCAAAACCACCCUUAGUACAUUAGCUGUGGCCAUCAACCGGACCCUCAAAAACCACCUGGAUGGUCGCCUAAUCUUCUUUACACCCACACGCAACCGCAAACUCCCUCAUGGAAUGUUUGUGGUUGCCCACGAAGAGGAACGUCCAGUGCCGAACAUGUUCCAAUCCAUACGAUAUCUUCUAGAACACCACAUUGCUGAAUAUGAUUGGUUCUACCUUGCUCAAGAUGAUACCUAUACCCAGCCGGAAAGGCUGAAGACCCUAGUGAGCCAUCUUAGUAUGGACCUUCUGCUUUACAUGGGCCUCCCAGGAAAGUUUAUCGGAGGUGAGACGCAAGGCAAGUACUGCCAUGGUGGACCAGGAUUUCUGCUGUCCCGUGCAUUGCUUCUUAAGCUGCAGCCUUUUUUGGAACAUUGUAGGACUGAUAUCAUAAGUGUCAGACCUGAUGAGUGGCUCGGUCGGUGUAUCAUUGAUUAUACUGGCACCAGCUGUGUGGACGAAUAUGAGGGGCUAAAUUAUCAUUCUUUUUCAUCAUUCAAUUUGGACCUUCUCACAGUGGAGAAUGAUGGAUUUCAGACUGCUAUUACCAUUCAUCCUGUGACCAGUGCAGAACUUAUGUAUCGUCUUCACAAACAAUUCUCAGAAAUAGAACUGCAGAGGACCUACGAGGAGAUUGAGAAACUGCAGUCUGAGAUCAAGAAUGUCAGUGAAAUGGCUGUGGAUGGAAACAGAAGUGCUUUGUGGCCCAUCGGCAUCCCACCGCCCUUUGAACCCAAGAGCCGCUUUGAAGUACUACGUUGGGACUACUUCACCGAAGAGCAUCUUUUCUCCUGCGUGGAUGGUGCCCCCAAAUGCCAGCUCAUUGGCGCUGAUCGUGAUGAUGUAUCUGACGUCAUCAGGGUUGCUGUGGAGGAGCUCAAUAAGAAAUACUACCCUUUUGUACAAAUGAGCGCUCCCCGACUGGUCAAUGGCUACCGACGCUUCGAUCACACACGAGGGAUGGAGUACACCCUAGACCUUCAGCUCCAAGCCACAUCCGAGUCUGGCCACCAGAAAUCUAUUGCUCAUCGCGUACACCUUGUGCGCCCCCUCAGCCAGUUAGAAAUCAUCCCCAUGCCCUACGUCACUGAGGCUACACGAGUUCACGUUCUCCUUCCUCUUAACAGUUAUGAGUCUCAAGUAGCGAUGCGAUUCUUAGAUCACUGUUCCUCCAACUUGUUGGAGACCGGUGAGAAUGCUGGUCUAAACCUCCUGUUUAUUUACGAACCAGCUGAGGCUCAAAAAGUAAGCUCGGACGAUGUUUUUGCAGAUGUCAAAGCUAAGGUAGCCGCCAUUGAGCAAAGGUAUCCCAGCGUGAAGGUGUCAUGGAUAAGCAUUAAAACAGAAAGUUCUGGCGUCCCACGAAUCCUGGACAUCGUUUCUAGGAAGCACCCGGUGGACACGCUCUUCCUCCUCGUCACUGCUGACACAAUACUCAAUUCGGAGUUCUUGAAUCGCUGCCGUAUGAAUGCGAUCAGCGGCCGUCAGGCUUUCUUUCCCAUUCACUUCCAAGAUUUCGACCCCCGUGUUGCUACGCCGGAUCAGGCGUCCCCUGUGUCGCCAGACCUGGUUAGGGAGGCAGGUCACUUUGACCGCAACGUCUUCGAGGAAGCAUGCUUUUACAACUCCGACUACAUGUUGUCACGCACACAGAUGGCAGGGGACUUGCAGGAGAACGAGGAGCUGCUGGAGAAUUUGGACUUGUACGACAUGUUUGUGCAGUACUCUGGACUGCAUGUGUUCCGUGCAGUCGAGCCUGCUUUGCGUCAGGCAUACCGCAACCGGACCUGCGAUCCACGGCUAAAUGAAGACGUGUUCCACCGAUGUCUCCAGAGCACUGUGGAGGCUCGGGGGUCGCGUUCCCAGCUGGCCAUGCUAAUAUUUGAACAGGAGCAAAGCAACAGCACCUGAGGAGCUACCCAGAAUGUAACAGGGGUGUAUUUGUGAAGUGGAUAAAUGCGAGUAGCACUAUUACACCUAUUCAACAUCUUCAAAUCAAGUUCUCUAGUAAAAGACUUCUGAUUCUGACUCCGGCUGUUUUUAAAUGUAAGGCAAGAUCUUGCUUUUUUGGACUCAGUAUCUUUAUAAAAUCUAAGCAGAAGGAAACUUCAAGAAACGUUUAAAGACACCUCUUCCGUAAGCACUUGAAUUACAACUAUUAAUGCACUAAAACUAGAAUUCUAAAAAACUGUUAUCAUCUCACUUUGAUCUCUCAGUUGACCUGUGCUGUGAGAAACGUAGCAUUUUUACUACUUGGAACGAUUUGCUUUUAGAGUCGAGAUUGAGAAUGUGAAUAGAUUCAUCGCAAAUGACUUGCUCUGCAUGUUUUAUUGUUGCAGCGGCUUGAGGAACAGCAGAUGUUUUCAGCAGAACUGGACAUUUCAGAAAGGGACAUUGUUCGAAACUGUUUCCAUCAAUUAUUUUGUGCAUUAUUUCAGUUUUCUGAAUCCGCCCUUGUCAGAAAUGCAUUCCAGUCUUCCACCCACACGUCCUUUCCUCUCUUAGCUGUGGCUGUGUGGGGCAGCAUAGCCAUACAGUCCAUGUGCAAAUCCGUGCCUUUAAAUCUGAAAUGGAUCUCACUUAUGCAACCAACCUGUAAAAAGCACCCUUUUUGCACAUAAGCCAAAGUUCUUUUAUAAAGUCGUUCUUUCACUUUUUUGUGUUUGUUUGUUUUGCUUGCUGUUGUGCUAAUAGAAAUGGGAUCAAAAGAGAGGAGAUCAAAGGAACACAGAGAAUAAUAUUUGGAAGAAUGGUUGUAACCAAACAGUUGUUGGCUACCAUUGACUACCAUAGUAGGACUUUUUUGUUGUACAUUUCUUUGUUCUCUUGAAGAUGGUAUAAAGAAGUAGGAAAGCAAACAGUUCUUGGGCACUUUUGACCAAUGUACAUUUUCUCACUAUGGUAGUCAAUAGUGUCCAAGAACUGUUUGGUUACAAACAUUCUUCCAAAUAUCUUUCUCUGUCUCUAUCAGAACAAAUACAUGUAUACAGAUUUGAAACAAAUGUAGGGUUGUUAUGUGAUAUAAGUAAAGUAAAUGAUGAAAGAAUUCAUAUUUUUGGGAGAGCUGUCACUUUAAGAGGCUCUAAUUCCAUAUUUGUUGAGGGUCUGUCAAUGUACAGUAGGUGACUUUAAUUAAAUAAUGGUUUGUUAUGUGUGAUCACAUACUCUACAGUAUUUAUUCUUAACUGGAUACAUGAAUUAGGUGUUUAUUUUUAGAUACGCUGGUGUUUAUUAUUCCUGUAUUGUUUUAAUUGUGUCCACUAGAUGGCAGUAAACCCAUUUAUUUGUCAUUGUCAUCAUGUGGAAAUUCAACAUAUUCAUUCAGAAGAAUCUGACAUAUGACCAGUUACCAAUCCGUUAUUCAAGACAAUGUCCGUUUUAUUUAUUUGGACAGUUUUUUAUAUGCAGUG